GCUGUCCGUCAACUUGACUAUGAGAGUUAGGUGAAAACAGGGACGAUAUUCGUGUCGGAAAUGUUUUGUAUUAAUCCGACAGCCUUCGGAUUUAAAAUAGCACAUCAACGGGCAUCAAGGAAGGAUGAAUCAGUGUGACGAGAAUGCACAGACACACACCUGAGCCCUGUGUAAAGAUCUGAGGAGGAGAUGAUACCAGAGCCCACAGCUACAGCUGCAUCCAGAGCCUCAGCGCAGACUAGGAACUCUCAUGAUGAGGCAAACUCCUCCGGGGCUGUCAAUCACUCAGAGGAUGAGUCGGGGAAUGAGAACAGACAAAAGAGUGUGAGACGAAGAAAAAGAUCGCACGAGGGCUCAGAGAAUGUCAAGCGCAAAAGUGCCAAAGCCAGUCGCAGCAGUGUUAGCAGAGCAGGAGGCAGCCGCGGUAAACAGCGGCAUGUGGAGGCCGUCACCCUGUUCGAAGUGGUCACCAUGGGCAGGAGUGCCAUGCAGGCGGUGAUUGAUGACUGGAUCGAGGCUUAUGUGACGGACAGAGACUCUUCUCUCCUCGAUCUCAUCAGCUUCUUCAUCCAAUGCUCUGGGUGUAAAGGUGUGGUCACAGCAGAGAUGUGUCAGAGUAAAGAGGACAGUGAAGUCAUGAGUAAGAUGGUGGAGGAGCUGGAUGAGGUCUCUGGUCUGCAGUAUAAGAAGUUUCUGGCCUUUCCGUGGAUCCUCACCGUCACGUGGCCCAUGGACACAGAUAGUGUGGAGUAUCCUCUGAUACAGUCUGGACCGUACGGACGCUGGUUCCACUCUGAGUUCUGCGACUUUGUGUCUGUGCUGGUGGCUCAGUGUCAGCACAGUGUCAUAUUUGACAGUUAUCUGAUGAACACCCUCAUCUCACUGCUCACCGAGCUGUCGGACUCUUACGUACGGGCUUUCAGACACACCUGCACGCUAGCAGCGGUGAAGCUGCUGAGCUCUCUGGUGGCCGUGGCUCUGAGCCUGAGCGUCGGAAUUGAAAACAGUCAGAAACUGCACGAGGUGCAGAAGACGAAGACGAGACAGAAAAGCACGCUGCAACAGGAGAGAAUACAGAAGAAGAUCACAGAGCUGCAAGAGAAGAGGGCGGAGCUAGAGAGCAUGAUGGACAUCAUCUUCAAAGGAAUUUUUUUAAAAAGAUAUCGCGAUGUGCUUCCAGAAAUCCGCUCUAUCUGUAUGGAGGAGUUGGGUUUGUGGAUGAAGCUCUACAGUUCUGCAUUUCUCACUGACAGCUACCUCAAAUACAUGGGCUGGAUGAUGCAUGACAAGAUGCCAGAUGUGCGUCUGAAGUGUGUGUUAGGUCUGCAGGGUUUGUAUGGAGAUCCUCCACUCCUCCCUAAACUGGACCUGUUCACCAGCCGCUUCAAGGACCGGAUGAUCUCCAUGACUCUGGAUAAGGACAAUGAAGUGGCAGUGCAGACCAUGAAACUGCUGCUUCUUAUCUCCAAAACAUCUGAUGACGUGCUCAGUCCAAAGGACUACAAGCAGCUGCUCCAGUUUGUUUACUCUUCGCAGCGCCCUUUAGCGGCCACUGCAGGGGAGCUACUCUUCUCACGGCUUCUCAACACUGUAGCCCCUGCAUCUGACACUCAGGAUGAAAUAAAUGAGGAGGAGGCACAUAAACAACAAACAUCUGCCAGACUGAAGGCUCUGCUGCAGUUCUACCAGGAGUCUGAGCUGCACAAGCAUGUGGCGUACCUAGUGGACAGUCUGUGGGACUGUGGUGGAGCCCUGCUGAAGGACUGGCACACACUCACAUCUAUACUGCUGCAGGACUCUUCCUCACACGGUCCAGGUCUUACUCAGGCAGAACAAGCAGUGCUUGUAGAGAUCCUGGUAGCGUCGGUGCGUCAGGCUGCAGAGGGCCCGGCGCUGGCAGGAAGGAGUGGAGCCAAGAAGGUAAUGAAUGCCAGAGAAAAGAAAAUUCAGCUUGAUGACUGUACUAAGCUCACUGAUCAUCUCCUCGUGGUGCUUCCUAAGUUACUGUCCAAGUUUUCAGGUAGUUGUGACAUUGUUGCCUCCCUGAUGAAGAUUCCUCAGUACUUCCUCUCGGAGUGUCCUGAGGCUGACAACACACAGGCUGUAUCCGGCCUGACGGCAGAGAUGGGGGCUGUUUUGGACCGCCACUCGGGCCCCCCUGUUCUGGAGGCUGCAGCCCGUACGUUCCUCAGUCUGUGUGGGGAGGAGACGGCCUGGUGCUCCGUGGCCCGGGCCGCCAGAGACUCUCUGGUCCAGCGCUGGGUGGAUCGACUGACCGCACUGCUGGGGGACACAGUAUCACUUCAGGGUGAGAGUCAAAGUUUCUCUGCUGACGAGGAGAAAACUGGAGAGAUUUUAGCUGCGCUGAAGAAACUCAGAGCUUUCCACAACUGUCAUGACCUCCUCAAGUGGAACGUGUUUGAGCUGUUGUCUCCUCUCCUGUCAGUGGAGAGCAGUGAGGGAGGAGCACCGCCUGAGGUGCUGCUGGAGGUGCUGCAGUGUCUGUGUUACUGCAUGCUCUGGUCUCUCAACACAAGUACUGAAACGUUAACCUCCAGAGAGAAAGCUGUGGCCCAGAGACUCCAGCUGCGUCUCUUCUGUGAGAGGGGUAAUCGAUGUCUCUCCCACUCUGACCAGACCGUGCGGCAGCAGGCUUUUCUGGGUGUCUGUGACGUUCUGACGGCUCAUUCCUACCAGCUACAGGUGUGGGAUCCCUCCUCCUUUGGUCCGCUGCUCUACACUCCCAGUCCCAAACUGCAGAGGGCGCUGUUGACCUUUGUGUGCAUGCACGUCUUUGUUGGACCGGAUUGCGACAGCCAGAGCAGCGUCAGUGAAAACUCUGAAGUGGAGAAGCUGGAGGACCUUCACAAACGAAGAAAUCUGCUGGCGGCCUUCUGCAAACUGAUAGUGCAUGGAGUGCUGGAGAUGAGCAUGGCAGCUGAGGUCUUCAUGUACUAUGUGAAGUACUAUAACGACUUCGGAGACAUCAUCAAGGAGAUGAUGUACAGGACCAGACAGAUGGAUAGAAUAGAGAGUGCUCGGACACUGGUGCUCUGUUUGCAGCAGCUGUUUGUCCGUCUGAAGCGAGAGCAGGAGAGCGGCGGUAGGGCUCACCCAGGGGUCCAGACCUUCACCUGCAUCAAAGAGCUCGCCAGGCGGUUCGCCCUCACCUUCGGGGACCUCGUCAAGUUUCGCGAGUGUGUCGUCAUGAUCCACAGGAACGGCAUAGAGUUUGUGUUCCAAGAGUUUAGUCAGACCCCAGAAACACCUACGCCGCCGUACCUCUCCUACCUGACCAUCCUCAGUGAGUUCUCCGGCAAACUCCUCAAACCGGACAAGAAAACAGUGUUCUCCUACCUGCAGAAGCACACCGCAGAGCACAUCAUUGACCUCAGGGAGGAGAGCUGGCAGCCACUCCUCUACUACCGGGCUUCCCUGUUGGCUGCGGCUGAAGGAGAAGACGCCGUGUCCUACGUUAGCUCCGACAGAAAGCUGUACCUGCCCAACCGCUCUCCCUUCUCCAAACAAAAACUAGAAGGAAGCAAGUCCCCCUGCGCGUUCAGCCCUGUCGACUCCAAAGCUAGUAAAGUUCACAGGUCCAGCUUCAGUCCAAGCAAUCAGGAAAGGACGGCUGACGUGGAUCCCUUUUCUGUCCCGGCUGAACCUCCUGCAAAGAGCCUGAACAUCGAGGGAUCUGUCCUCAGCGCCGGAAACGAGGCGGAUGAUGACACCACACACCUGACCCCACCAGUGCUCGGACAGCGCGUUGUGUUUAUUAAAGCGUGUCCUGUUACUGGGAACCGGGCCGGAACCUGGGAAUCUCGGGCUUGA